AAUUAAUUCAAGCACAAUAAUGACAUAAAAAUACUUAGAAAAUAUAUAGGCAGCAAUGUUGCAACAGAUGCAUUUGGGUUAUGAAACUUUUCUCUCUUGGAAGCAAACAGUAAUUCACAGCUGAGGAACUUCUAAGUAACACAGAAAGUCUCCCAUUAGUGUGCCAGUAUCCAGAGAAUUUACACCAGUAGCUUCUUCAGAAAGCAAGGUUUUAGGCUGACCAAAAAUCUUGCUAAUAUUAGUUUGCUGUGAUGGUUGUUUCUCUAAAUGCUUCUUUCUUUUUUUUUUUUUUUUUUCCCCCCUACUUUAGCAGAGUCAUCAAUAUGUUUAAGACAUAUAUUUGAAAGGUGUCUAACUAGUGGAAGAGUUGUGACUCUUUGAAGAUCCAAACCCUGUAAUUAUACUUUUUGUGUUGCAUAUCUGGAAAGUAAUAAAGGAAACCUCAGCUACACUUCAUCAAAAUGCAGCGGAGUCUAUUACAUACUGCAUCUCAAGUGGCACAUGGGACAUGUUUGGGGUUUCCUCGCACUAGUAUCUUUCAGUGCUUAAAAGGACAAUCAGCAUUGUGUAAUGUUGAAUGCAAAGUGAUUUUGGCAGUGGACCCUCCUAAACGAUGUCUUCAUGCAGGUGCAGCACACUUUGCCUCAAAGAAAAGUGCUUUUUCAUCACAGCCAGCAGACGCUCCUCACAAAGUACCAGAAGAGAGAAAUCCUUUGACUUCAGCCACUGAUACACACAAGCAGAGCCCUGUAGAGUCAGAUUCUUCAGAUCCUGAUCCAUUACAAGACAAAUCAAUUAGUCUUGUUCAGAGAUUCAAGAAAACUUUUAAACAGUAUGGAAAAGUCAUGAUUCCAGUGCAUCUUCUGACUUCCACUGUAUGGUUUGGAUCCUUUUACUAUGCAGCCAUGAAAGGAGUGAAUGUUGUUCCGUUCCUAGAGUUGAUUGGCUUACCAGACAGCAUAGUAAACAUCCUGAAAAAUUCCCAGAGUGGAAAUGCACUAACUGCAUAUGCAUUGUAUAAAAUUGCAACUCCGGCCAGAUACACUGUGACUUUGGGAGGAACGUCCAUCACUGUUAAAUAUCUACGUAAGAAUGGCUACAUGUCCACACCACCACCAGUAAAGGAAUAUCUGCAAGAUAGGAUGGAGGAAACAAAGGAUAAAAUUACGGAGAAGAUGGAGGAAACAAAGGAUAAAAUUACAGAGAAGAUGGAAGAGACAAAGGAUAAAAUUACGGAGAAGAUACAGGAAACCAAAGAUAAAGUUUCAUUUAAAAAGAUAAAGGACUAAGAAAUGCUUAAUUUUUUGAUAUAUCAAACUUGCACUUUAACCCUUUCUGAGGCAGGAUAUACAAAGUGCACUUCUGAGGUUUUUUCAACC